AUGAAGCUUAUAUUAAAAUUGAUCUCAUCUAACUAAUGCUGUAUUUACAAUUUUCUAAAUGGCUUAAUUGAUGCACUUUCAAAUUUAAUUAAAAACUCAAACUCUUUGGCUCGAUAGGAUGAAAAAAUGACUAAAAACAAAAACAGUCUUAAUUAGUACAGGUAUUUUUUAUCAAUUGAAGUCCUUAAAUACUUAAAUACAUAAAUUAGAAAGUCUUCCUAAAAUUUUAAACCUAUGAAAUGGAAUAAUUUAAUCUUAGUAAACACAAAUUAAUCUAUAGAUAAUAGAAAACCGAUGAAGAAAAUCAAUUUAUUAGAUAUUCAUAUAAAUUUGGAGAUACAGGAACUUAAAAUAAAAAGAUAGAUUGA